AUGACGAAGAAGAUGCGAGAAGCGGCGGCGAUGGGGAAGCCGAAACCGACGCGCGCGGCGAUUCGGUUCACGCUGCCACCGCCGAGCGAUUUGGUCGUCGAGGCGUCGUUCGCGGCGAGCGAGCGCGUGCGAGACUUGUACGAGUUCGUCGCGCGAUGCGCGCGCGAUCGAGCGGUGGCCGAGAGCGUGGAAUUGUUCGUGACGCCACCAAAGCGCGUUUUCUCUCGAAACGACGAUGCGACGCUGCUGAGCGCGGGGAUGGCGCCCGCGGCGCGCGUGCGCGUGGGAGCGAAGGGCGCGACGUCCUUCGCGUCGGCGCGAGACGCCGAGGCGCUGUUGCGCGCCGACUUGAUAGCGCUCGCGGCGGAACCCGCGAAACCAACCGUGCGGGUCGUAGAAAAUGGAUCGAAUCUCGCGUUGGAUGACGCCGAGCCCGAAAAGACGCAAGCGCAAAAGAAGGCUGCCGUCACGAACAAACUCAUGGGCCAUCUGAUGGGUCGGCGCUGA